CUAAAAGAGGACAUUGAGUUCUCUAGGAUUUCCAUUUUAGUUCACAGUAGGGGCAUUAAACCUGCUUGCACACAUUGCGUGUUUACAUCACAGGAACUCAGCAGCAGCAGUUUAGAUAGUUUUUGCAUACUGAUUUGUGAAUUCUCUGUCAACCAUUUACAGGCAUAUAUCAUCAUGCCUCACAUUCCAACUGCAUGGAAAUGAUCAUCGAGGCUCAGGCAUCACCAGUGUCUCAGAAGUUACAAAAGGCAGGAGAAGACUCCAUUAGAGUUCACAUUGACGACAACCAUGGAACGCAUUCUUGCUGUUUGGUAUCUACUAGGAACUUGUCUCGGUUCUUUGACUCAAUGCACUAUCCCCACCUCAGAGUUUCGUCUGGAAGGAGAUUAUCUGAUAGGUGGACUUUUUGAUAUUCAUCUUUUCAGUGACCAAGAUUACCGCGUUAAACCAGAAGCCAUUGAAUGCUCAGAUAAAACAUUUAUUGAGUCAAGCUACCGGCGAUUUCAGUUGAUGAGAUUUUCUGUAGCACAAAUCAACAACUCGACAUAUCUGCUGCCAGGUGUGUCACUUGGCUAUGAAUUAUUUGACCACUGCUCAGAUACAGAGAAUUUCCCCAAUAUUUUGAACCUUAUCUCUGUUAAUGGAUUGAUCCAACCUUGGAGUGAACAAACCAGGAAUCUGUCCAAAGUAAUAGCAGUGGUGGGCAUUUAUACAAGCACUGCAACACUGACGGCAGCCCCACUCUUCAUGACGGAUCUCAUUCCAAUGAUCAGUUAUGGGGCUGCUAGUUCUGUCUUUUCAAGAAAACAGACUUUUCCAUCUUUCCUGCGCACGGUACACCCAAAUAAAGACGUCAUAGAAGUGAUUUUUACUAUUUUGAAGCAUUUCGAUUGGCGCUGGGUUUCUUUCCUUUACAGCGAUGAUGAUUAUGGAAAAGAUGGACUGGAAUUGUUUAUAAGGAAGAUAAACGACACCAACAUCUGCCUAGCAUACAGCAAAGGCCUUAAUACUGACACAAAUUACUACCCUAUAUUAAAACAAAUAGAGGCGCAGAGGAUACCUGUUAUUAUUGUUUUUGCAGCUGAAUGGAUUGCUGAGGCCCUCAUUGGUUCAGCAAUUAAGCAAAAUAUCACCAACAAGGUGUGGGUAGCAGGGGAUGCAUGGUCCUUAAACAAAAAGCUCCCCAAGGAGAAAGGAAUCAGAAAUAUUGGAACUGUACUUGGAGUUUCUGAGCCAACAAUGACCAUACCUGGUUUCAGUGACUUUAUCUAUGCAACCAAAACAGAGGCUCAUUGUGAAAAUGUAGAAGAAGAGAAGCCUUGUAAUCAGAUUUGCAACUGCAGUAGCCAGACUGCUGAGAAAAUCCUUGCUGCGGACCCAUCUUUCAAUUUUCCUGUUUAUUCUGCUGUAUAUGCCAUCGCCCAUGGCUUACACAACGUCAUGCAAUGUGGAGGUGGCAGAUGCAAUACCAAUAUUACAGUACACCCACACAUGGUUCUAGCAGAGAUGAAGAAGUCAAACUUUACACUUUUGAACCACAGAAUUCAGUUUGAUGAGAACGGUGACCCCAUGUUUGGAUCCUACUCAAUAGUUUUUUGGAACGACAGUGGUGAUGCGCAAGAGGUCGGCUUUUAUGAUUUUCCCCCAUCGUUCCGUUUCUCCAUCAAUGACAGCAGCAUUAAAUGGUUCUCAGGUGGUAACGAUGGUAACAUGGUGCCUACUUCACGCUGUUCCAAUGAAUGUGAAGUGGGAUACAAGAAAAAACAAGAUGGAAUCCAUAAGUGCUGCUUCACUUGUCACAUCUGUCAAAAUGGAACUUACAUCAACAGCACAGCGGAUCCCUACACAUGCAUCGAGUGCAAGGAGACAGAAUGGUCUGAAGAUGGAAGUACGUCAUGCAGUCUACGGGUGGUGGAUUACAUACCAUACACAGAUGGUGGUGCCAUAGUGAUCAUGGUCAAGACCUGGGUCUUGGUGGGCCUCACAGUAGCUGUAGCUGUUCUCUUUGCCAUCAACUACAACACACCUGUUGUCAGAUCUGCUGGAGGACCAAUGUGCUUCCUGAUUUUAGGCUGCCUCAGUCUGUGUAGUCUGAGUGUUUUCUUUUACUUUGGUACACCAACAGUUGCCUCUUGUAUCCUUAGAUAUUUGCCAUUUCUUUUGUUCUACACUGUUUGUCUAGCUUGUUUUGUCGUGCGCUCUUUUCAAAUUGUUUGCAUCUUCAAAAUAACUGCCAAGAUCCCAAAGCUCCAGACUUGGUGGACAAAAUACUACGGCCAAUGGCUGAUCAUCACUGCGGCAUUUGUCAUCCAGGCACUCUUGCUUCUUAUUGGCCAUCUCAGUGCUCCACCUAAACCUUAUAAUGACACAAAGAUAUACCAAGACAGGAUCAUUCUUAACUGUGAGAUGAGUCCCAAAGCCUUGUCAGGUGCUGUGGCUUUACUCAUGUUUUUGUGCAGCCUUUGUUUCAUUUUCUCCUACAUGGCCAAAGACCUUCCCAAAAAUUACAAUGAAGCCAAAGCGAUAACCUUCUGCCUCCUCCUACUGAUCCUCACCUGGAUCGUCUUUGCCACUGUGUACAUCCUUUACAGUGGAAAGUACAUCCAAAUUAUUAAUGCCAUGGCAGUACUCUCCAGCCUCUACUCCUUCCUGUUGUGGUAUUUCCUACCGAAAUGUUACAUCAUUAUUUUUCAACCCCACAAAAACACACAGCAGUACUUCCAAGGUCUCAUUCAGAAUUAUACCAAAACAAUUAGCCAGUAGCUGCCUCCAUUAGAUGGAUAUAGUUGCUGUGGACUCAACCUUAAUAAUGAUUUGUCUCUUUGUAAAAACGGAAGCUGCAGAAUCUUCAACUUGUACUCUUGUAUAUAAUAAAUGCAAUAUUUUUUUUUUAAUUAAGUAACAUUUAUACAUGUAGAUUUGAUUAUUGUAGAAAGUAACACUGGAUUCAGUGACCUUAGCUUCUUCCUUUAUAAUCACAUUUGGGAUGAUUACUAAAUAAAUCUGGAGUCAGUUAAUUCAUUUUAAAACUGUGUACAUAUAAGCUAUGGCUAAUAUUAACCUUUGGGGUAGAUUAUGGCUUCUAAAAUACUGAUCUCAUCAUUUUAGGAACACUACAAACUCUCAAAUGUACACUUGUGAAGUUGUUGUUAUUUGUUGUGCUGACUUAUAACUGACUUACUAACAGAAUUAAGAGAAAGAGAAUUAACAGAAUUCUUUUCUAGAUUGAUCAGCUCAGUACUAAGGGAUCAA